AUGGCAACAAACGAGGUUAAAAUAUAUAAAAUUGCAAGCAUCCCUGGAGAUGGAAUCGGUCCAGAAGUCGUGAACGUGACUAUUGAUGUUCUUGAGUCUUUGCAGGAAAUAUUGGGCACGUACAAGCUCGAAUUUACCGAGCUUGACUGGGGUACUGCGCGGUAUAAAAAGACUGGGAAAUACAUGCCAGCAGGUGGAUUGGACACUUUGAAAACAUUUGAUGCUGGACUUUUUGGCGCAGUCGGUGCACCAGACGUGCCCGAUCAUAUCUCCCUAUGGGAACUUCUCCUAGCUAUACGUGGACCUUUGCAACUAUACGCCAAUGUACGGCCCAUAAAAACUUUUCCCAACGUGCCUUCACUUCUCAAAGAUGUCCGAGAUGGCGAUAUUGACUGGGUACUCGUCCGUGAGAACAGUGAAGGCGAAUACUGCGGCCAGGGCGGACGCACUCAUCGCGGAACUCCCUGGGAGAUUGCGACCGAUAUUUCUGUGUUUACCCGCGUUGGCGUUGAACGUAUCAUGCGAUUUGCCUUUGAGACUGCUCGCAGCCGUCCUCGUAAGCUGCUCACCGUUGUCACCAAAAGCAAUGCAAUGCGCCAUGGUAUGGUCCUUUGGGAUGAGGUUGCUGCUGAGAUCUCCAAGGAGUUUCCAGACGUUAAAUGGGACAAGAUGCUGGUCGAUGCUAUGACGGUUCGGAUGGCCGCUAAGCCUAAAUCCUUGGAUACAAUUGUUGGCACGAAUCUCCAUAUGGAUAUCCUGUCUGACCUUGCAGCAGCCCUUGGUGGUUCUAUUGGUAUUGCUGCUUCUAGCAACCUUGACCCCACUCGCAAAAACCCUUCCAUCUUUGAGCCCGUUCAUGGAAGUGGAUUCGACAUUACUGGCAAGGACGUUGCUAACCCUGUGGCUACAUUGUGGUGCGCUUCGGAGAUGUUGGCGUGGAUUGGAGAAAAGAAAGCGGCCGCAAUUUUACUCAAAGCAGUUGAGGAUACAUGCAGUCAAGGCAUUUGCACGCGCGAUCUGGGUGGAAAGGCUGGAACUGACCUGCAGGCUAAUUCGACUUAUCUUCCGCAUCUCACAGGAUCCUUCGGCGCGUUCCCCAUCGAGGUACGCGAUGCGCAACGCGUAUUCCAGGAUGAGCAAGAAUCGCGACCGGACGUCUUCUUUAUAAUUUCACAUGCAGAACAUGUCACAGAGUCUCGCAAAGCGAUUGCGAAAUUUGUCCAUGCCCCCGUCGACGAAUGCGUAUUUGUGAAGAAUGCCUCGACCGGAAUCAACACUGUUCUUCGAAACCUGGAGUUCAAACACGGCGAUGUUAUCGUAUAUUUCGCGACUGUAUACAAUGCGGUAGAACAGGCGUUAGAGUCCCUGACAGAGUCCACACCAGUCCAGUUCCGGAGAGUCGACUAUACUUUUCCAAUUUUACAUGACGAGAUUGUGAGGAGGUUCUUGAAUGUGGUGAAGCAGAUGAAAAGUGAGGGGCUGAAUGUGCGGGCGGCGAUAUUCGACACGAUAGUCUCGAUUCCGGGAGUCAGAUUUCCUUUUGAGAAACUUAUCAAGGCUUGUAAAGAGGAGUCUAUCUUGAGUGUCAUUGACGGAGCACAUGGCGUGGGCCACAUUCCAUUGAAUCUGGGUGACCUUAGUCCCGACUUUUUCGUCAGCAAUUGUCACAAAUGGCUAUACACACCACGAGGGUGUGCUUUGCUCUACGUCCCUAAACGAAACCAACAUCUACUACGAACAUCCUUCCCCACAUCUCACGGCUACACAUCACCUGCUGACAGAGGCCGCGGGACACAUGUGGGAAAGACCGAUUUUGAAAUACUAUUCGAAUUCGUUGCUACCGCCGAUGACACACCGUACAUGAGUGUUCCCGCAGCUCUCGACUUUCGAAAACGAAUAUGUGGGGGUGAAGAAGCUAUAUAUAGCUAUCUACACACUAUUGCACAAGAGGGCGGAAAUGUCGUUGCUCAAAUAGUAGGAACAGAUGUCAUGCAAGAACCCGGUCUUACCAAUCCCAUUGAGCAAAGUGAUAUCCGAAGAUGCGCCAUGGUGAAUGUGCGAAUGCCGCUUGCCUUCAAGGACGAUAAAGACGUGAACCCACAUGUACCGGAUCCAUCAUCAUCUCCAUUCCCUUUGCUUAGCAUAAAGGAUGCAACGCCAGUGUGUGAGUGGAUGCAUGCCAAACUUAUCAAGGAGUACGAUACUUUUGCAAAGUUCUACCCUCAUGGAGGGUGGUUGUGGCUACGGCUGAGUGGGCAGAUCUACCUUGAGAUGGAAGAUUUUGAGUGGAUUGGUCAUAUUGCCCGUAGUCUAUGUGAGCGGGUUGGUUCGGGCGAGUGGCUACCAAAGUCGAGAAUUUAA